UUUCAGUUGCUGAGCAACGCUUUGGGUUCAGGUUGCCGAGGCGGAAGGAAGAAACAGAUGCACGAUAACAUACACACAUUCAUCUUUAUGUUGUGAUCAAUUAAUUAUUAGUCAUUUCUGCAUAAUGGUGAAAUUAAGAGCGAAAUGUGUUGUCGUGGGAGAUGCUGCUGUAGGGAAGAGCACACUUUGUCAGAUGUUUCGCAGUGAUGGUGCUGUCUUUCAGAAAAACUACACUAUGAAUGUUGGUGUGGAGCUUCUGGAGAAAUCAGUGUCUAUUCCAGACACCAGUGAUACUGUGGAGUUCUUCAUCUUUGACUCAGCGGGGCGGGAGCCGUUUGCAGACGCCUGUGAGAACAUGUGGAAGCAGCCGUCGGUGGUGUGUGUGGUGUUUGACAUCAGCAGUGAGGUCUCGUUCACCAGCAGCGGCCGCUGGAUCGACAGGCUCCGAUCGCACUGUGACGGCCUGCAUGUGCCAGGUGUGCUGGUGGGUAAUAAGAGUGACCUGUCGGUCAGGAGAGAGGUGGACGGUGCCGAGGCUCGAGCGUGGGCUCAGACUCACGGGCUGGAGUAUCACGAGACGUGUGCUAGGGAGAUCGGACAGUUUGAAGCCCCGUUCCUGAGUUUGGCUCGAGCGUUUCACUCACUGUACCAGGAUCAGAAGCAGAUCAUCCAGAGUCUCCUUUGAGCAGCAGCUUCUCUGUGUGUGUGUGUGUGUGUGUGAUAGUGAAAACACUAGUGUGUGUGUAAGGGAAAAACACUAGUAUGUGUGAUAGUAAAAACACAAGUGUGUGUAUCUGAAAACACUAGUGUGUGUGUGAUAGUGAAAACACAAGUGUGUGUGAAAACACUAUGGCGUGCAUGUUAGUGAAAACACCAGUGUGUGUGUGUGUGUGUGUGUGUGAAACACUAGUGUUGUUCCUAGAGUUUGUCCUCAGAGUUUUGAGCACAUUUUAAUAAACAUCUUUCCUCUUAAA